GUACACAACUUAAGCACAGUAAGUGCGUUAGAGAUUUUUUGCAGAGAAAAGAUAUGUGAACAAUAGCAAACAUCAUGCCGAAAGGAUACACUGCUAUUAAAGUAAAGUCUGAUGGACUUGAUGUUGAAAAAGACAAGUUCUUUAUGAAAAAUGUUAAAUAUUACUGCAAGGGUCGCGGAUGCCGGCACAGAGGUGAGCCGGAAUUUAAGCCAACGGCAGUAUGCUUCUAUAUAAGGGGCGCACAUUGUUCGCACAAGGAAGUAUGGGACAGGAUUGGCGACGUUUUACCUUUGUACCCUGGCGCAAAAAUUGAAGAAAUACAGUUCGUUCCACUUGGCGUUCAUCUAGAUUCAAUAGGCACCGAGAACCGGUAUAUUUUGUGUAGCAGUAUAAAUUGUCUGAGUUUUCGGUAUAAUAUCAUGCAGCUGGUAGAGUCGGUAACAUAG